CUGAACACAUAGAGCCACUUUUAACAGCCUGCUGAGCAAUGGGGACACCUGUCAAGAUUUUAGUUGUCCUAUUCUCUGUAAUUGUCCUACUAGCUGUUGCUCAAAGCUCUUAUCUUCCACCCUGUGAGCCAGUUAAUGAGACUGUCGCUGUGGAAAAGGAGGGCUGUCCAAAAUGUCUGGUGUUACAGACCACCAUCUGCAGCGGUCACUGCCUGACAAAGGAGCCUGUAUACAAGAGCCCAUUUUCCACUGUCUACCAACAUGUGUGCACUUACCGGGACGUGCGCUACGAGACUGUCCGCUUGCCAGACUGUCCUCCAGGGGUGGACCCCCACAUCACCUACCCUGUGGCUCUCAGCUGCGACUGCAGCCUGUGCACUAUGGACACAUCUGACUGUACGAUUGAAAGUCUGCAGCCUGACUUUUGCAUGUCUCAGAGAGAGGAUUUCCUUGUAUACUAGCCCCAGACUACUAUUCUGUUUAGCACAUCAAACCAAAGUGUACACAACUAAUAAACUCUAACUCUAAAUCAA